AGAGAAGGUGAAUUCUUUUGCCUCAGCGCCAUUUUUCACAAUUCGUCCUUUAAAGAAAUGAAAAAAAUGGCAGGAAAGAUAAAAAAAAAUUUAGGUUUCUCACAUGGAAUGCCUUGUUUGAGUUCUUUCUCUUUCUGAGAACUUAGAAGCCAGCCUUUCAGCUUUGGCGCUAAAUUCAAAUUGUAGUUUUUAGGCCUACUACUACUUGCAAAAAGAACUAGUAAUCUUUCGGAAAAAAAAUUGCAGAAAAAUCUAAAACUUCAAAAAAUGACUUGAUUAGUUGAUCUGCCUUCUGGGUUUUCCUAUCUCCUUUCAAAAGAGCAAUCUUUCUCCGUUAUUCUACGUAUAAGCAUGAUUUUCUUCUUGUUUAAAAUACCUUCACUUGUCCCAAAAAUGAACCCAAUUCCAUCUUUUAAAUUUCAAAGUCUAUUCCUUUAUCAUUCAACUAGCAAUGAAGUAGAAAAGUUUGCUUCUUUGUUAGAGAACUGUAGAGAUAUUGUUUCCUUGAGAAAGCUCCAUGCUUGUAUUUUCACUCUUGGGCUUUGUCAAAGUACUUUUCUAGGCUCAAAGCUUGUAACUUGCUAUUCAAAGUUCGGAUUCUUGGCUGAAUCAAGAUGUGUAUUCGAUAGAAUUAUCAAUAACAAUCUCUCUCUUUGCAAUGCAAUUCUUGUUGGGUAUUUUAGAAAUGGUCAAUGUAGUGAAGUUCUUAGGCUGUAUUUGAAUUUAAAGAAAAAUAAGAUUGGUUUUGAUGGUUCAGCUAUUACGUUUUGUUUGAAGAGUUGUGUUGAUUUGGGUAGCUUUGAAUUUGGAAAAGGGGUUCAUGUUGAUGCUUUUAAGUUUGGGUUUAGUAAAGAUGGAUUUGUGGGGUCUUCACUUAUAGGGUUAUAUUCGAAGUUCGGAGAUACGGGUGGUGCUUCUAAAGUGUUUGAUGAAAUAGCUGUUAGAGAUGUUGUUGUUUACACUUCAAUGAUAACUGGAUAUGCACAGCUGGGCGGUCAGCUUGCUUAUGAGGCUUUUGAAUUAGCUCGUGGAAUGCCAAAGGAAAAGAUUGAUCCCAACAGGGUGACCUUGGUUAGUUUACUGCGGGCAGCAGCUGAGUUGGAGGCUUUAGAAGAAGGUCGUUCAAUCCAUGGAUAUGCUAUUAGAAGACGGAUUGGUUGUUUAGAUGAAGUAUUUGAGACAAGUCUCAUUGACAUGUAUAUUAAAUGUAGGGUCCCAACAAUGGCAGCCUGCAUUUUCGGUAGCAUGAAGGUGAGAACAAUUGGUUCUUGGAAUGCAAUGAUAAUUGGAUAUCUUCAAAUGGGGCAGCCCUCGGAAGCUUUGGGACAUUUUCAUACAAUGGUACAAGAAAAUGUUUUUCCAGAUCUGAUUAGCUUAUCCAAUGGGAUUUUGUGUUGUGCUGAUUUGAAGUAUUUGCGGGAAGGCAAGAGUAUUCAUGGUCACAUUAUUCGGAUAGGGUACCAGCUUGAUCUAGUAGCUACUACUGCUUUGGUUGAUAUGUACUCCAAGUGCAACAAUUUGAUCCAAGCUAGGAAAUUGUUCGAUGUAAUGGAGACAAGAGAUGUGGUUUCAUACAAUGUCAUGAUGGCAGGCUACCUCCAAAAUGAAUUUGCUUUCAAAGCCGUGGACAUUUUUACUGAAAUGGUUAGAAUUUGUAGUAAACCAAACCUAGGUUCCAUCCUGAGUAUACUUUCUGCAUUCUCUUAUCUGAAGAACAUAAGAGGAGGAAGGAGUGUGCAUGGAUACAUACUGAGACAUGAGUUUCAUAUGAAUACUGAAGUUGCCAAUCAAAUUAUCUACAUGUAUGCAAGAUGUGGUUCCAUCUUUGAUGGAAGGCAAGUAUUUGACAGUAUAAAAUACAAGGAUUUGAUUUCAUGGACUUCAAUGAUAAUGGGCUAUGUCUACCAAGGGCAUGCAAAUGAAGCCAUCAUAUUAUUCCGGGUUAUGAAAAGAGAAAGACUAGACCAUGAUUCUGUUACUCUGAUAAGUUUGCUCCAGGCAUCCUCACAGCUUGGACAUCUUAGUCUAGCAAAGGAAGUCCACUGUCACUUGUAUCGAGCUCUAAUGGAAAGAGAAACACCAGUAAUUAAUUCCCUGAUAACUACUUAUGCUAAGUUAGGAAAAUUAAGUAUGGCCAGAAAUCUGUUUGAGCACACCACUAGAGGGUGUGCAACAUCAUGGAACACAAUGAUAGCUGCAUAUGGGAUGCAUGGGAACUGCAUAGAAGCUCUCCGACUAUUUGAUCAGAUGAAAAAGGAGAUGAUUAAGCCCGAUGGCAUGACCUUUACAUCAAUACUUACUGCUUGCAGUCAUUCAGGCUUGGUAGAAGAUGGUCUGCAAGUAUUUAAGUGCAUGAGAGAAGAAUAUUCUAUAGAUCCUUGUGAAGAGCAUUAUGCAUGUAUUGUGGAUUUAUUGUGCCGAGCAGGACGGCUUGAAGUAGCAUAUGAUUUGGUUAGAUUGCUGCCAGAAAGGCAAAGUGCUACUGCAUUGAGUGCUCUGCUUGCUGCUUGCAGAAUGCAUUGGAAUACAGAAAUGGGGGAGGUCAUAGGAAAUCGCCUUUUGGAUUUAGAACCUGAUAACCCAAGUGUAUAUAAUUUGGUAUCAAAUUUAUAUGCAGAAAGUGGAAAAUGGGAUGCAGCAGCCAGAAUGAGGAACAUGGCAAAGAAGAGGGGUUUGAAAAAGCCCCCAGGAUACAGUCUGAUUGAACUAGAUUCAGAGAUGUAAAUAUCUACUGGACUGAAUUCACGAUUGGUUUCAAAUACAAUUAUCAUUCUUUAGAACCUAGGCUCGGUACAACAUACUGUUGACUUGGAUACUGUUUCUAAUUACCGCAAGGUAAUAAAGAGAUCUGCAUGUGUAGCCUGUAAUCUAGUUACAAUUGUUUAUAGUGGAAUAAAACAAAGUGGAUGGGUCAAGAUUUCAGUGAUGAUA